AUGAAUAGCGAUGUACAAACUAUAGAGAGGUCUACUGCUAAGAAACCUUCAAAUAAAAAGAAUAGUCUUAAUAGAAAGCAGAAUUUUAAAAAUGGGACUAAUAAAAAGUCUAAGAAGUCUAUAAAUAAUAAUCCAGAGACCAACCUUUCUAAUGAUGAUAAACCAAAUAAAAUAAAUAAUAAAAUUUCCCCAAAGAGUUUAAAUGACAAGAGAAAAGGUAAUCAAGGAUAUUCAAAGAGAACAAAAGCUAAAUCAAUUUCAAGUGAUAAAAAUGGGGGAAUUAAACCAGUAGUUAAAAAUGAAAAUAAAGAGAGAGAAAUUGAUGACUUUAAGAAAAGAUUUGGAGAAAAAAGCUUAGUUUUAUUUAAUGAUGGGAAAUAUGUUUCAGUAUAUGGCAUUAGCUUGAGAAAUUUUUCCUUCAAAGACGUUUUCAAAACUGAUGAUUUUAGACUAUGCGUACCGUAUAAUUAUCCUGAAUCUCCAUUAAAGUUGACAUUGCGUAAAAGUCUAAAAGAGCAGAAUAAUAAUCAAACAAGGAAGUUGGAACUAUUUAUUAAGAAUUUCAAUUAUAAAGCGAAAACUAUGCAAAAGGAAAACUACACUUUAGCAGAGCAGUUGAACUACCUAAUACAGGAAAAAGAAAUAUUAUUAAAGAAAGAAUUUUAUGAAAUAGACAAACUUAAGAAAGAAUUCUAUUCACAAUUAAAUUAG